GGGAAGUCCUAAAGAAAAGAGAAACUCAUUUGGUUUAGAGUGAGAAAAAGAGAGUGAUAGGAAGAGACAAGUAAAUGUCAUUGUAAUCAUUCACAAGCUUUGCUCUCCACCUCUCUCUUCCAGAACCGUGUCUGCAUUGGUCGCCAUCAGCCUGGUCUCUGUUUCUCAGAAGGUUUCGUAAUUGCGAAAAAGAUGAAGAAGCAGAUUUUCAUGCUGCGGUGGUUUGGAAUCAUGAUCAUGCAACUCUGCUUCUUGCUGGCUGGUUCUUCUGAUGACAACAUAUCAGAUAGCAGUGCUGCGGUUAAGCUGAAUGCGGAAGAUCCAGAGCAAGUGGUCAUUGACAAUGGCAUCGUCCAACUCACUGUGUCUAAACCUCAAGGCUAUGUCAUUGGAAUCUCAUACCAUGGAAUCGACAAUGUCCUAGAAACUCGUCACGCAUUACACGACAGAGGGUAUUUUGAUGUAGUUUGGAAUGAACCAGGAAAGAACAGUAUUGCUCAAAGAAUCAAUGGGACCCAUUUUUCAAUUGUAGCGUCCGACGAGAGCCAAGUGGAGGUUUCGUUUGUAAGGACAUGGACUUCCUCAAUGCAAGGCACUGAUGUGCCCAUUAACAUAGACCAAAGGUAUGUAAUGAGGCGAGGCAGCUCUGGAUUUUACUCUUAUGCAAUAUUUGAGCGUCCACAAAGUUUUCCAGCUGUGGAGGUUGAUCAAGUUAGGACUGUCUACAAGCUCCAAGAACACAGGUUUCAUUAUAUGGCUGUAUCAGACAAUAGGCAAAGAUUCAUGCCAACCAUGGAAGAUAGAGAGAGUGGGCAAGUUCUAGCUUAUCCUGAAGCUGUUCUCCUAACCCUCCCAUCCAACGAGGACUUCAAAGGAGAGGUGGACGACAAAUAUCAGUACUCUUGUGAGAACAAGGACAACAGAGUCCAUGGCUGGAUUAGCUUUGAUUCUAAGGCACCUGUAGGCUUCUGGAUGAUAACACCAAGUGACGAGUUUCGCAACGCUGGACCCACUAAGCAAGACCUCACCUCUCAUGUGGGCCCCAUUACCCUCUCGAUGUUUGUAAGCACCCACUACGGUGGGAAGGAGGUAACCAUGGCAUUUCAAGAAGGGGAGACCUACAAGAAGGUUUUUGGCCCUGUUUUUGUGUAUCUGAACUCUCUUUCAAGCAAUGAGGAUCCACACACGCUUUGGCCAGAUGCAGUGCAACGGAUGUAUAAGGAAGCCCGGAGCUGGCCUUAUGAUUUCCCACAUUCACGGGACUUCAUUCCACCAACUCGACGGGGAAGUGCGAUUGGAAGAUUAAUAGUACAAGAUCGGUAUAACCGAGGAGGGAGACUUCUAUAUGGUGAAUCUGCUUAUGUUGGUCUGGCUCUACCCGGUUCUGAAGGAUCAUGGCAAAGAGAAAGCAAGGGCUAUCAGUUUUGGACACAAGCUGAUAACAAGGGCUAUUUCAUGAUCAAGAAUGUUAUACCAGGGCACUAUAACCUGUUUGCGUGGGUUCCUGGCUUUAUUGGUGAUUACAAGCAUAAUAACAUGAUCACUAUCACGUCAGGCUCUCUAAUCAAAUUGGAUUCACUUGUAUAUAGUCCUCCAAGAAAUGGUUCUACCCUUUGGGAAAUUGGAUUUCCAGAUCGCACAGCUGCAGAAUUCUAUAUCCCAGACCCUAACCCUAAAUUCAUCAACAAAUUAUACAAAGAACAACCUACAAACAAGUUUAGGCAAUAUGGACUGUGGGAACGUUAUGCUGCUUUAUAUCCUCAUAAUGAUCUAGUUUACACUGUUGGAGUUGAUAGGUAUGAUCGAGACUGGUUUUUCGCUCAUGUUACAAGGAGAAUAGGAAAUGGAGUAUUUCAACCAACGACAUGGCAAAUUAUAUUUGAACUUAAAGACAAUGCAAUCAGAGGAAGUUAUACUCUGCAGUUAGCCCUAGCGUCAGCCACUCAUUCUCAAUUGCAGAUUUGGUUGAAUGAGGAAGGUGAUAAUCCUGCACUAUUUGAAAGAGUAAAUAUGGGAGAAGAUAAUGCAAUAGCAAGGCAUGGGAUCCAUGGAUUAUAUUGGUUGUUCAGUAUUGAUAUUCCAAGCGAUCGUUUAGUGAAAGGAAGAAAUACUAUUUAUUUAAGACAGUCAAAUGCCACUAAUCCUUUCCAGGGAGUUAUGUAUGACUAUAUUCGUUUAGAAAGACCUCCAACUCUAAAUUAAAGCCUUGAUUGAGUUAUA